UAUCCUUGAUUCACUGCAUGCAGAAGCGGCGCCUGGGUCGCAUCGUGCUCAUUAUUGACGUCCGCUUUUUGGGCAUAGGCUCGCCUCCGGAGUCCGUGUUACCUGCAAUAGCAGAUCUACACUCUACAGUACCGGGCUUGAGCUCGUGGCUCAUGCAUCGGUACUUACUAUCAGAUCCGAACUCAAGUACCACUGCUCAAGCCCACGUCUGGUUGUACCUCGAGUGCUCAUUUUCCGAGGCGUUCUCGAAUUUGUGGCAGUAUAGCGAGUCGCCCUAGCGCUGCGAGCUUUUCCGCGGAAACACAACGUAAGGUAGGGUACAUGUAAUCAUGCACUCUCAGUGGGUUCUUGCACCUUUGGCGGCACAAGCCUUCAAUGUGUAAGAGUCUGGCGGGCUCACAGCAAUGUUAGUCCGGUCAACCCGGUGCGAUACGCGGAAGUGUCCGAUGGUCGGGGCAUG